UCCGACCCCGACGCGUCGCGCACCAAACCCCCCCGCCCCCAACCCCGACCUCCUCCCGUGCUCCGCGCUCCGAUCCGCCGCCGCCGCCGCGCGCGCGCCGCCGGGGGAGUGCGCCGGCGUGUGGUGGUGGGUGUGUAAGGGUAGGUGGAGGGGUGGGUGAUGCGAGAUCGGCCGCGGCGGCGGUAGAGGGGGUGUGUGUGCUCGGCUACUCCGGUGGGUCGGGUCUGGGCGGGGUGCGCGUGGGGAUGGGGUGCUUCCAGUCGACGGCGAGGCGUCCGCGCCCGGGGUACGAGGACCCCGUCGGCCUCGCCUCCGAGACCGCCUUUAGCGUAAGUGAGGUGGAGGCUUUGUUCGAGCUGUUCAAGAGCAUUAGUGGUUCUGUGAUCGACGAUGGGCUCAUCAAUAAGGAAGAGUUCCAACUUGCAUUGUUUAAAAACAAAAGGAAGGAAAAUCUUUUCGCUAAUCGGAUAUUUGACCUUUUUGAUGUGAAGAAAAGGGGGGUCAUCGACUUUGGUGACUUUGUUCGAGCUUUAAAUGUAUUUCAUCCAAACAUCCCAAUGGAAGAGAAAAUUGAUUUUUCCUUCAAGCUAUAUGAUAUGGACAACACUGGGUUUAUUGAACGAAAGGAGGUAAAACAGAUGUUGAUUGCUCUUCUAGGUGAAUCAGAAAUGAGAUUAUCUGAUGAGAUUAUUGAGACAAUCCUUGACAAGACGUUUUCAGAUGCUGAUACUAAUCAGGAUGGGAGAAUAGAUAGAACAGAGUGGGAGAAUUUUGUCUCAAGGAAUCCCUCUUUAUUGAAGAUAAUGACUCUUCCGUACCUCAAGGACAUAACAACCACAUUUCCCAGUUUUGUAUUCAAUUCUGAGGUUGAUGAUCUCGUCACAUGAUCGUGUUUCUGUUACCGGUGUACAGUUAACAAAAACAAAAGGAGUUGAUUUAUGAGUGAAAGAGGCAGAACAUUCGCAGGUGCUAUUAUCAUACAAGGAAUAUAAUUGCGCAGCAGCUUGGAAGCGUAUAACUUCAUUGAUGAUGUCGUCGCACAGGAUAUUAGCGUUGUUGUUUUAGUGUUGUUGAUUAGAUUCGGAAUGUAACAUUUGUAUGUUUGGGUUUGCAGUUUUCAGGUCUUUGCCAACUAUAACAUCUUAUCCUUGUCCCCGUAGAGAUAUACAGUAUUUACCUAGUUUUCCAAACAUGAGUGGAAAAUCUUCUGUCUAUCUGGAACCACCCUUUGUGUUGUUCUGUAUAGUACUGUCUCUUUUUUGUUUUAA